UUAGAGAGAUUAUUAACAUAUGCUGAAAUCGACGUCACGCCUAGCAACUGGAAACGAAUGGUCCGUGGUGCUAUCAUCCUAGGUUCCAAACUAUGGGAUGACCAAGCAGUCUGGAAUGUAGACUACUGUCAAAUUCUAAGAGAAUUAACAGUAGAAGAUUUGAAUGAAUUGGAGCGACAGUUCCUAGAACUUCUUCAAUUCAACAUCAACGUGUCUGCCAGUGUAUAUGCUAAGUACUACUUUGACCUCCGAGAACUCGCUGACACCUACGAACAUGCCUUCCCACUCGAAUCACUCAGUACAGAAAGAGCCCUGAAACUAGAGAUUGUGUUCAUUUAA